AUGAGUUCCGAAGUCCCAGGAGUAGAGCAUAGAGAUCCACAGUAUUUUAGCUAUUAUGCUAUGCUUCAGCAUCAGCAAAACAUGCUUCAAGAUACCGUUCGUACUUCAACUUAUCGUUCAGCCAUCUUAUUGAACGGACCUAAAUGUUUCAAAGAUAAGAAAGUAUUGGACGUUGGAGCUGGUUCGGGUAUAUUGUCUUAUUUUGCUGUACAAGCUGGGGCAGAGAAAGUGUAUGCUGUUGAGGCUUCAGCUAUGGCCAGUAAAAUGAAAAAACUCGUUUCUGCUGCUUCAGAGGAAGGCAAAAAUGAGUUCUUGAAGGAUAAAGUUGAAGUUGUGAAUGCCAAGAUAGAAACUCCUGAUUUGCCUAUCCCCAAGGUUGACACAAUCAUUUCUGAGCCUAUCGGUGUUCUCUUAUUCCACGAAAGAAUGCUGGAAAGUUAUAUUUAUGCAAGAGAUCAUUAUCUCAAACCAGGGGGCGCAUUACUUCCUUCAAAGGGCAAUAUAUUUCUUGCGCCAUUUACUGAUGCGGUCUUGUGGAGUGAAACAAUGGGAAAGGCUCGUUUCUGGGAGCAGCAGUCAUUUUAUGGAAUCGAUCUAAGUGCAUUGUACAAAGACGCUCGUGAUGAAAUGUUUGGAAUGCCUGUCGUUGGUCACUUUGACCCUCGCAGCUUGAUCACUACUCCCACCGUCUUUGAUACCUUCCCAGUCGAUUUUUCCACUGUCACGCUCAAGGAACUGCAGGACAUCACCAUGCCAUUUACCUGGAGAGCACAAUACACUGGAUUGAUGCAUGGUAUUGCCGGGUGGUUUGACCUUGUGUUUGCCCCACCUCCCUAUGACCAGCCAGAAGAUACCGACUCUGGUACCACCGUUGAAAUGUCAACAGGCCCUGCAGCUGAACGAACACAUUGGCAACAAGUCCGCUUUUUAUUCAAGGAACCAUUGGCUGUGAAUGCCGGUCAAAAUAUUCGUGGAUGGAUGCGUUGUAUUGUCAAUGAUAUGCGCAGCUACACAAUAUAUGUUGAAGUGACCACUUUGGACUCACAACCUCUAAGUGAUCCAGCGGUUGCAGACAAAGACAGUGAAUUCAACGAACCCUUGAAUGACGCGCCUUUGUUGCGUCGUGGUAUUUGGGAACUUCAUGAACAGACUUACAACUAUUCAUAUACGCCUGGCGUGAUGCCUGAUCAUUUGCCCGAAUACUCUUGCCUUUAUAAGCCUGAAUCACAGUUGGAUGCACAAGUGUAUACGCAAGAUAUAAACAUUGAAUCAAUGAAUGUCAUGGAUGAUUAUGAAGAUUUUGUAAAUUAA